AUGUGUAGCCUCGAGAAGCGUGGUAACGUGUGGGUCCUCACCCUCGAUGGCGAGGAUCCCCAGCACCGCUUCAAUCCAACCCUAAUCGAUUCCCUCCUCUCCGCCCUUUCCCGUCUCGCCUCUCAGGCCACCCCGGGCUCCGUCCUCCUUACCACAGGCCACGGCAAAUUUUUCUCCAACGGCUUCGACCUCCCAUGGGUCCGCGCCGCCGCCGCCACCUCCUCCGCCGCCACGGACCGCCUCCAGUCCCUCGUCGACUCCUUCAGGCCCGUCGUUGCCGCGAUCCUGUCCCUCCCUAUGCCCACCAUCGCCGCCGUUAACGGCCACGCCUCCGCCGCAGGGUUCCUCCUCGCCAUCAGCCACGAUUACGUCCUAAUGCGUGCCGAUCGCGGCGUGCUCUACAUGGCGGAGGUGGACCUCGGACUGCCGUUGCCGGACUACUUCGCCGCCGUGAUGAGGUCGAAGAUCAGGUCGCCGGCGACGCUGCGCGACGUGGUAUUGGGCGGUGCGAAAGUGACUGCGGGGGAGGCAGUGAAGAUGGGAAUAGUGGAGUCUGCGCACGAUAGCGCGGAGAGCACGGUGGAGGCUGCGAUGCGCCUGGGGGAGGUCUUAGCAAGAAGGAAGUGGAUGGGUGAAGUUUAUGCAGAAAUAAGGAAGAGUUUGAAUCCACAAGCAUGUAAGGUUCUGGGAUUGUCUCAGAAAGCAAUCGUAUCAAAGAUCUGA